AUUUUGGGGUGUGCACACACUGACAUUUGGUGGCUGCCACUUUUUUUUGAGAACUGAGCUGCAUAUUUUUGUUUUGUCGUAAUAAUAUCAGAAGUGCUCGGUUAAAAUUCAAGUGUUAGACGCGCUGUACGGUCGGUAAUCAACGGGUAAUUGAUUAGCGUAGUUAAAAAGCGGAGAGACCUAGGUGGAAGACAAGAAACGUCGGGCCAAUUAGCGAAAUUGCCCUGCGAAUUGCGCAAAUGGCUAAUGGAACUUUCGGACAACUUGGGUUAAACUGAAGGCCAAGGAUCCAUAAAAGACAUCACGAUGGACGACCUGUCGCAGGGCGACAUUUGCCGGGUGUGCAGAUGCGAGGCGCAACCGGAUAGGCCUUUAUUUUACCCGUGCAUUUGCACGGGAUCAAUCAAGUAUAUUCACCAGGACUGUCUCAUGCAAUGGAUGCGCUACUCGCACAAAGAAUACUGCGAACUAUGCGGCUACCGCUUCAGUUUUCAGCCGAUCUAUGCCCCGGAUAUGCCCCGUGUCCUGCCACUGAAGGACGUCCUCGUUGGUCUGAUGUCAGCGGUUUUGGAGGGCGCCCGCUGCUGGUUGCACUACUCUCUGGUGGGCAUGGCCUGGUUUGGAGUGGUCCCGCUGUCCGCCUACAGAACCUACCGGUAUCUGUUCCGGGCCAGCUCCUUUGACAUGAUUCUCACGCUGCCUUUCGACAUUUUCUCCAUGGAAAACCUGGCGGCUGACGCAUUUCGCGGCUGUUUUGUGGUCACGUGUACGCUUUUAUCCUUCAUAGGAUUGGUCUGGCUGCGCGAGCAGAUCCUCCACGGCGGCGGGCCCGAUUGGCUGGAGCGGGACGACGCUCCCCUGCAGGCCGCAGCUGCUAAUCCUGCGCCUGCUCCCGCUGCAGAAGCGGCUCCUUUGCCCCAGGACGACAACAACAACGGUGAUGCACCGCAAGAUGUGCCUAUGGAUAACGAAGCUCCUGCACCGGCUGACAACGAGGCACAGGAUGCACAAGCCCGGGAAGCAGCUCCUGCAGCUCCAGCUGCCGCCGUGGACGCCGAUGCUGACGAGCCGAAUUGGAAUCCCAUGGAGUGGGAUCGUGCCGCCGAGGAACUUACUUGGGAACGUCUUCUCGGCCUUGAUGGCUCGCUGGUUUUCCUGGAGCACGUCUUCUGGAUCAUCUCUCUGAACACAAUGUUCAUCUUCACCUUCGCGUUUUGUCCGUACUGCGUGGGAAACUUUAUCCUCAGCUCAAUGGAUCUUCUACAACCGGAGAAGCCACUGCUCCACUUUCACGGCCUGAUUACCACUUUAUUCGGCUACUGCUGUAUAGGCCUGACCCUCGUAGUGCUGCACUUCUUCGCAAGGGUAUUCCGUCUGCGCAGGGUUUGCUGGUUUAUUGGACUUUGCUACAUUGUGGUCAAAGUGUCACUUCUUUCUGUGGUGGAAAUCGGAGUACUGCCCCUCAUUUGCGGCUGGUGGCUGGACAUCUGCUCGUUGCCCUUACUGGACGCCAGUCUUAAGGAUCGCAAGGCCAGCUUUAAGGCGGCUCCUGGAACCUCCCUCUUCGUUCAUUGGAUGUUCGGCAUGGUCUACGUUUACUACUUCGCUGCCUUUAUCUCGCUGCUGAGAGAAGUUUUACGACCGGGAGUUCUCUGGAUCUUCCGAAAUGUCAACGAUCCGGACUUCAGUCCAAUCCAGGAGAUGAUCCAUGUGCCCAUUGUACGUCACAUCCGUCGUCUGGUUGCUUCGGCCAUGAUCUUCGGUUUCGCCGUACUUUUGAUGCUUUGGUUGCCGAUUAGGAUACUGCAGGUGGCAUGGCCGAAUUUCUUGCCGUAUGCUCUGAGCGGCGAUGCUGAGGUCAAUGAUCUUAGUUUGCAACUACUGCUUCUGCAGAUUGUUUUACCUGGGUUCUUUGAGCAAACCCAGACGCGUAUCUGGCUAAAGGGAUUACUUCGCAUUUGGUGCACAGCGGUGGCUUGGAUGCUUGGCAUUCGGAGCUACCUUCUGCCGGCACCGGAACCGGAGCCCGAAAACACGGCGGCUGGCGAAGAAGGCGUAGAGAAUGCGGCUGGCGAAAAUGGCAACCAAGAGGUAGAAGGAGAGGCAGCCGCUGCACCACCGCCACCGCCGCCUCCACCGCCACCACCAGCAGAACCGGCACCUGCACCGCGGAACCUUGCCGCCGCCCAUCAGGCCAUUAUGCAAAGAGAUGCUCCAGUCGGAUUUCAACCGUACGACAAGCCCUCGCUGUUCGCCUUUCGUCUGUGCGCCCUCUUGUCACUUAUGUGCUUGUCCAUCGUUUGCGCAGCCAUGUUGACACUCACGGUCCCCGUUUACAUUGGGCGACGGCUGAUGAUGCUCUGGACCGGCCAGCCGGGUGAGAAGGCAGCGGGAGCGGCAGCUGCAGCAGGAGCAGCGGGAGUGGCUGCAAAUCUAGCGCCAGUCGAUCCAGAGGGUGCCAGAAAGAACGAGCGGCUUCUGCGAUCACACGAACUAUACACAGCUGAGAUUGGCGGUUACCUGUGCUGGAUUGUUUGCCGGGGAGUGGCCGUUGUGGUCACCUUGCUGCCCCAGGGACGAGCGGCUAUUGUCAGUAAGCUGAAGCACUGGGCCCGAGUGGCUCUGCAAUAUGCCCUGCCGGUGCUAACGCUCCUCGGAAUCUUUGUGUUGGUCCCUCUGCUGUUUGGACUACUGUUGGAACUGGUGGUGGUCAUCCCCCUACGGGUGCCGUUGCGCAAGACACCCAUACAUUUCCUGUGGCAGGAUUGGGCCCUUGGAGUGCUUUACAGUAAGAUAGCCAUCGCCUUGACUUUGAUGGGUCCGGAUUGGCAUUUAAAGCGAGCUCUGGAGCGAGCCUACAUGGAUGGACUGCGCGAUUUUGACUUGAAGUUUGUGAUGAGGGACUUGGCGGUGCCGGUGGUUACCACUUUUGGCCUGGCUUUGGCCGUUCCCUAUGUAAUGGCCCACAUGGUGUUUCCGAUUUUCCUAGCCGACGCCUAUGCGCGGCAUGCCGUGACCCGACUCGUGUAUCCUGUUAGCUUCAUCGUGGUGGGCAGCAUCUGCUUCGUUUUGUUCCAGAUCAAGCAGCUUAAGAAGCUUUACCUGUCAAUCAAGGUGGACAAAUAUCUGGUGGGCCAGCGACUGGUCAACUACGAGCACCGCAAGAAGCAGCAGCAACAGCAGCAACAACAGGAGGAGGAGGAACAGCAGCGGGCGGCCAGGGAGCUAAAGGAGAACCAGGAGAGGGACCGCGAGCGGGUACGGGAGCAGCUGGUCCAGGAGCAGGAGUUGGCUGAGCUUCUGUAACGAGAUCAGAUUUUUAUUUCAACCCGACAAGGAGGAUGCCACGAGAAGCUAUCCUGCGCUUUUUCAUCGCCAAGCUGCUCCUGCUGCUGAUAUAUAUCGGUCUAGUAUCUGCUGCCCUGCCAAAACGGAUGGUUUGAAAAAUUUCGAGUGAAAUAAACCUACUUUACCCUCGCUUCGUUCCUUUCCCCCACUUUAGUUAACUUUCGUUAUAUAUUAAAAAUGUGUUAGCUUCAA